AUGAGUACCGACGCAGAGAUGGCCAUGUAUGGCAAGGCUGCCGUUUACCUCCGGAAGCCAGAAAAGGAGAGAAUUGAGGCUCAGAGCAAACCUUUUGAUGCCAAGAGUGCCUGCUACGUGGCCGAUGCCAAGGAGCUGUACCUGAAGGCAACAAUCAUCAAGAAAGAUGGUGGCAAAGUCACUGUCAAAGUCCUGGACACUGAGGAGGAGAGGACAGUCAAAGAAGAUGACGUCUCUCCAAUGAACCCUCCCAAGUAUGACAAGAUUGAGGACAUGGCCAUGAUGACCCAUCUCAAUGAAGCCUCUGUGCUGUAUAACCUCAAAGAGCGUUAUGCAGCAUGGAUGAUCUACACCUACUCUGGGUUGUUCUGUGCCACUGUGAACCCCUACAAGUGGCUCCCAGUGUACGAUGCUGAAUGUGUGGCUGCCUACAGAGGCAAGAAGCGUAUGGAGGCUCCACCCCACAUCUUCUCUGUCUCUGACAACGCUUACCAGUUCAUGCUUACUGAUAGGGAGAACCAGUCUGUCUUGAUCACUGGAGAAUCUGGUGCUGGAAAGACUGUGAACACCAAGCGUGUCAUCCAGUACUUUGCAACAAUCUCAGUUGGUGGAGACAAAAAGAGGGACAUGUCAAAGGGGUCACUGGAGGAUCAGAUUAUUGCAGCCAAUCCCCUGCUGGAGGCCUACGGUAACGCCAAAACUGUGAGGAAUGACAACUCCUCUCGUUUUGGUAAAUUCAUCAGAAUUCAUUUCGGCACAACUGGCAAACUGGCUAGUGCUGAUAUUGAGACAUAUCUGCUGGAGAAGUCUAGAGUGACAUUCCAGCUUCCUGAUGAAAGAGGCUACCACAUCUUCUACCAGAUGAUGACCAACCACAAGCCUGAGCUGAUUGAGUUGGCACUCAUCACAACCAACCCCUAUGACUUCCCCAUGUGCAGCAUGGGUCAGAUCACUGUGGCCAGCAUUGAUGACAAAGUUGAGCUGGAAGCCACUGAUAAUGCUAUCGAUAUCCUGGGCUUCACUGGUGAAGAGAAGGCAAGUAUCUACAAGAUGACUGGUGCUGUGCUCCAUCAUGGUAACAUGAAGUUCAAGCAGAAGCAGCGUGAGGAGCAGGCUGAGCCUGAUGGCACAGAGGACGCUGACAAGGUUGCUUACUUACUGGGUCUGAACUCAGCUGACAUGCUGAAGGCUCUGUGCUAUCCAAGAGUAAAGGUCGGAAAUGAAUUUGUCACCAAAGGACAAACUGUACCUCAGGUAAACCUAAAUAUUAACAUCCGAUAUCCUACUAUUUAAAACAGAUUAUUUUUGUUGGUUGUAGUGAAAUUAUUUUUUUUAUUUUUCUUUGUCAUUGAUUUUUUUUCUUUCUUCGUCUCUCAUAUGGUUAUUGAAGAAGUCAAUGCCAUUCAGGAGAACCUGGAGAUCGAGAAGACGUGUAGAGAAAGUGCCGAAGCCCUGGCCUCCAAGUUGAACCGUCAGAACCGCUCUCUGAAGUGGAAAAGCAUGAUGCUGCUGCCCCUCCUCAGCCCAGAGAUUAUCGCUGAGAUCAACUUUGAGGAUGAAGAGAAGGGUGAAGAGCUUCAAACAGCCAGCAAGGAAUGCCUCUCUCUCCAGUGCCAGACCAUCAUCUCAGGUACAAGGAGGAGGGUCCGACUCCUCCAAAGUGAUGACCCACAAAGAGCCUCUGUUGUGGGCCUGCCCUCUGGGACAGCCAGGGGAGCACCAGACUUCACUCCUGAGUUGGAUGUAAUUCGUCGACGCACCCUCAGCUCAGCUCCACCUAAGUAUUGGCAUCCAGGAAGUUCUGUCAUAGGGACGUCUGAGCAAAUUGACCUGAACCACUCUACAGCUGAGACAGCUAGAUCUAGGUUGGCUGAACACACCUUGGCUGAACCUGUAGUCCGGCGACAUCAUAACCCCAGAAGGAGUGAACCCACCCAACCUGGCCCAGGCGUGCCUUUCCCUGGGUAUAACUCUCAUGCUUAUGGCCCCCAUGGAAACUCAGACGACAUCCUGGACAACAGUAAUCUACGUCAGGAUGGCCCUGGCAUCUCCCAGGUUACUUCCCACUUUUCCUCUGCAUCUUGUUGCUCUAGCACCAAACUCCUGCCAACAUUUGAUGGGAAAGAGGACUGGGCUGCUUUCUUCAUUCCCUUUGAGAGAAUCGCUCAGAGCCAGCAAUGGACUAGCGCUGAGAGGGUGGAUAGAUUACAUGAGCGGCUAAAGGGGCCAGCUAUCCGCUUUGUCUGCUCUCUCCCAGAAUAUGUUCGGGAAGACUACACCCUACUCAUUGAACAGCUGACUCAACCCUACCCUGGUAUUGACUUGGGGUUGCAGGACCAGUUUGCAGCAGAUGCCUUCUUGAAGGGGGUUCGCAAUCAGCGGGUCGCUUAUGAGGUCAUGAAUAAGGACCUCAUCACCUUGUCAGAGGCUUUAAAAUUGGUUGAGGCCCAUGAGCAUAACUACAGAGCGACUCUGGGUCGUGAUUCUGAUGGGAGAGCAAGAGUUCGUCGCAUAUCAUGGGCUGAUGACAACAAAGAGGUGGACAUUAACUCUUCCCCAGCACCUCAAAGGCAGCGGGAGGGGGGCACACUCGCAGAUGAACUGAAACAGCUCAGAGACCAAGACUCUCUCCUCAUGGGACUUGACUUCAUGUUGCAAAAUGAUGUCACUAUCCAGAAAGGAUGUAAUGUUUACAUAGACGGCGAGCCAUUACCAAGUUACUUAGCUGGAAGAGACGUCAAGGCUUAUGCUGUUUCUAGGGUGCUGGUCACAGAGCCAUCCAUCCUUCCUCCACAAAGCAGUGUGCUAGUGGAAAUGAACCAGAGGGUACCCAUCAGAGUGUGUAACCUGUCGUCUUCCAGCACUAAACUGCUCCAAGGCACUUGCCUGGGAAUACUCAUCGAAACAGAGCCCCUUCCCAUGGAGAAUUCUGCAGCUUCUGAGGAAGUUCAGCCCCCACUGUCUCAAUCACCGCACCUACCUGAAAACUGUGAGCGGCAGGAAAUGGGCCCUGCAUCCCCUGAUGUUUUGUCUGCACAGCCAGAACCAGAGAAAGACUUUUCAGAUGCCCAGUCCGACCCGUCGGUGUCAGAGGGAGCUCCACUGUUGCAAGAGGUACGCUAUCUUAAGCCUGUAUGUGUCUCAGAUCUGCCUGAGCACCUGGGAGAGCUCUUCACAUCGGCAAGAGACGCCUGCCCUGUCAGACAGCCACUGCGCCGCACUCCACUCGGAUUCCAAGCUGAGGAGGAAAAACACCUCAACAAAAUACUGGAGGCUGGUGUUAUUGUCCCCUCAACCUCUGCAUGGGCGUUUCUGGUGGUACUCGUCCAGAAAAAGGAUGGUGGAGUAAGAUGGUGUAUCGACUACCGGAAGCUCAAUGAACUGACUGUAAGGGAUGCCUACCCCCUCCCCAAAAUUGAGGAGUGCCUGGACACCCUUAGUGGAGCUACAGUUUUCUCGACUCUUGAUCUCCAAAGUGGGUAUUGGCAAAUUGAAGUCAAUGAACAGGACAGCUGCAAGACAGCCUUAAUCACUAAAUAUGGGCUGUAUGAGUAUUCCAAAAUGCCCUUCGGCUUAUGCAACGCACCAAGCACCUUUCAGCGGGCCAUGGAAGUGGUGCUGAGAGGACUACAGUGGCAGACUCUCCUCAUAUAUCUGGAUGACGUGAUCGUCUUGGGCAAGAAUGUGGAGGAUAGUCUCAACAACCUGGCCACAGUCUUUGAGCGCAUGACUGCAGGCAACAAGUACAUUCUGGUGAUAAUAGAUCAGUUCACCCGCUGGGUAGAAGCGUACCCCAUCCCAGAACAGACGGCUGUGAUCACAGCCAAGAAACUUGUGUAUGAGUUCAUCUCCAGGUUUGGCUCUCCCUUUGAAAUACAUACUGAUCAAGGCCGACAUUUUGAGAGCGACCUGUUUGCCCAAGUUUGCCAUCUGUUCAAUGUCACAAAAACGCGUACAACACCUUACCACCCCUCUUCCAAUGGACAAGUGGAGAGGUUUAAUCGAACUCUUCUCCAGAUGGUUAGGUGCUACGUGGAUGACAAUCAGAGAAAUUGGGACGAGUACUUACCUCUACUCACUGCGGCCUACAGGAGCUCCCUACAUGCCUGCACUGGGUACACACCAAACAUGAUGAUGCUGGGGCGUGAAGUUCUCCAGCCACAAGAUAUUGCCCUUGGUGUAGCUGAUGUCACAGCCUCAAGAGUACCCCCAGCUGAGCAUGUUGAAAAUCUACAAGAAAAGCUCAGACGAACACAUGAAAUGCUGCUGAAAGAGAAACAUGAGAACACUGUCUUAAUAGCUGACACAGUGCAGCAAAAGAAGCUCCUGGGGAAAUAUAACAGAGUGUCUCAGUUUGCUGUGGAGGUAUACAAGGCCUUACAUGAUGCCAUGAACCUUGAGAGGGAUCUGAGGACUGAGGCAAAGAACUUUGCCAGAGCGAUGGUGGUCGAGCAAAAGAAGCUGAAGAGACAAAGUGAGAUCCUGAUGCAGAGCUCUUCACUAAGUCAAGCUCUACAGGAAGCCCUCAGCCAGGUCACCAGACUCAGACUGACCCAGGAUCUGGAGACACAGGGGCUGGAGCACCAGAAACAGAUAAAGCAGCUGGAGGACAGGUUGAGGACCUCUGAGGCUUGGAAAGAGCUGACGUCAUUGAGGCAUAAACUGGAGCUCGUGGAGGAGGAGAAGAGGGAGUACAGUGACUAAUGCUCCAAGGCUGAAAUGGAGGUCAAGGAUCUGCAGUUCACAGUUGAAGAGCUCCAGAAGAAGAUGCAGGCAGCUACCAAUCCGCCUCCAGCUCUGGCACCUCCACCUCCCACACCACUUCCCCCUCCUUCAGUCUCAGCUGCGGCCUCCAUCCCGCUCAGUUCACUGUUGUCAUUGAUCCGAAAGCGAAGAGACAUCAGUCCUGACAUCCCACUGGUGGUCCAAGACUCAGCCAAGACACCAGAAAUUGAAGCUGCUAAAUAUGACAUGUUUGUCAAAAUGGCUAGGAUCAAGAAAGGCAUUCAACUUCGACCUGUCAGCCAGUCACCUAAUAGAACCAGGAGACAGAUUGCGAGGCUGCCCUCUAAUUCUGCCAUUCAGGAACUUAAAGAAAUCAUGGAGAAUUUCAGAGGAGCCUCCCCCCAACCAAAGGCAAUGUCUCCGCCAACAAAUCACGAUGAGGAGCUGCAGAGAAUCCUGCUGAGACGGCGGGAUGCACUGGAGUCCCAACACAAUGGCAGUCACCAUCCCAUCCUCUCCUCUGCUCUGCUGUCUGAAGGGUGCCACCAUGCAGGCUAA